AUGGAAAUUAUAGAAUUUUUACAAACCACUGAACAAAAAAAUAUCAAAAGUUAUAUUGGAAUGAAGGUUAAAGAGAAACUGCAGGAAUACGAGGUGGUAUUACAAGAACGAAAACAAAUAUUAGCAGACAUUUUAGAAUUCGAAAAUAUGCAAUACAAUGAAGAACUCAUACUGCUGCUAAAUGAAAAAUUAAAUGAACAAUUUAGAAAACGUCUUGAUUGGCUGAAUACAAAACUCAUGGAACAGCACAAGGCCGAAGAAGAACUACUUAAGUUAAAAAAUCAACAAAGAGAAUUAGAAAAUUGUGAAGAAUGGCGUCACAUGCAAAGCAAACACUUACUUUUGGACUCUAAGAAGGGACAACUCUAUCAAAUCGAAGAAAAAAAGUUGAGAAUGCAAAAAGAAAAAUCUAUAGAUAAAAUGUGGCAUGAUGUAAUGGAGCGUUUAAAUCGUGAGAAAGAAUAUCAGGAGAUAUAUGAAAACAAAUUACUCAAAGUAAUAGAAGCGGCAAAUCAAUUAAAAAAUCAAGAAAUCUGUGAUCAGAAUAAAAAGCAACAGCUGCUGGAGUCUGAGCAAGAUAGAAAAGAAUUUCAAGAGGAAAAUCAAAAAGCUUUAUUUAUGGAAGACAAAUAUCGUAAAGAUGAAAAGCGCACAGAAAUCUUAAACAAAACUCGUCAUGAACAACUACUAAAGUCUCAAAUUGCAGCAAACUUUGAAAGAAAAUGUUUGGAAACUCAAUUGUCUUUUAAGGAAACACGCUUGCAAACGGAGCGCGAGGAUCAGCUUAUUUUAUUGGAAUUACAGCAAGCUGAAAGCGCAAAGAUCCGCAACAAAGAGUGGCACAAAUAUUAUUUGAAAAAUUGCCGUAAAGAGCAACAACAAAAAUUAAAAGAAAAACAUGAUUUUGAAAAAAUGUAUUUAAAUACUGGCUGUAUUUUGCAACAAAGUCCAAAGAAACCGUAUGGUAAAAAUGCACGUUAA